AAGUUCCUUACUGUAACCUAGACAACCAGGUGAGGGGAGUUCCUUACUGAGACCUAGACAACCAGGUGAGGGGAGUUCCUUACUGAGACCUAGACAACCAGGUGAGGGGAGUUCCUUACUGAGACCUAGACAACCAGGUGAGGGGAGUUCCUUACUGAGACCUAGACAACCAGGUGAGGGGAGUUCCUUACUGAGACCUAGACAACCAGGUGAGGGGAGUUCCUUACUGAGACCUAGACAACCAGGUGAGAAGGUGUUUCUACAGAUGGUACAAGUACACAGGAACCUGAGUGGCCCAUCAGGUGACUGUCCUCUGUGUGUCCCAUCAGGUGACUGUCCUCUGUGUGUCCCAUCAGGUGACUGUCCUCUGUGUGUCUCAUCAGGUGACUGUCCUCUGAGUGUCUCAUCAGGUGACUGUCCUCUGAGUGUCUCAUCAGGUGACUGUUCUCUGUGUGUCUCAUCAGGUGACUGUCCUCUGAGUGUCUCAUCAGGUGACUGUCCUCUGUGUGUCCCAUCAGGUGACUGUCCUCUGUGUGUCCCAUCAGGUGACUGUCCUCUGUGUGUCUCAUCAGGUGACUGUCCUCUGUGUGUCUCAUCAGGUGACUGUCCUCUGUGUGUCUCAUCAGGUGACUGUCCUCUGAGUGUCCCAUCAGGUGACUGUCCUCUGAGUUCAACCCCCCCCUUCCAGGAUGAACGGCUACGUCCCCCCCUCCUUCCCCCAGGGAGGGUUCGACUCAUACACCUCACAACUCAAUCCUGCUAACAGCGUUAACAGAACCCAUCCAUAAUUAAUUAUUUAACCAAUCAGAGGCAGCCUGUUGGAGACUGGGAGGAAUGUGAGAGAAGACCAAGUAUCAAGGAGUUGAUUAGUACCCUGAUACAUGACCCUCCUCUGGGUGAGAGAGAGACGCCAGUAUGCCCAGACCCUGUCCGUCCACACACACCCUGCUGUCUACCCAGCACCACCAUGACCCUCCUCUGGGUGAGAGAGAGACGCCAGUAUGCCCAGAUCCUGUCCGUCCACACACACCCUGCUGUCUACCCAGCACCACCAUGACCCUCCUCUGGGUGAGAGAGAGACGCCAGUAUGCCCAGACCCUGUCCGUCCACACACACCCUGCUGUCUACCCAGCACCACCAUGACCCUCCUCUGGGUGAGAGAGAGACGCCAGUAUGCCCAGAUCCUGUCCGUCCACACACACCCUGCUGUCUACCCAGCACCACCAUGACCCUCCUCUGGUGGUCAUGGUUCCCAGUCCACAGAGCCUCCAGAUUGCAACGCCAGGUCCAACACCAAGUUCAUCUCUAAUGCCCUCUACGAACAACGGAAGAACUACACCAAAAACAGCUUUAACAGCAUGACGAACACCUCCCAGUACCAUGUUGAGCACCUGACCACGUUUGUUCUGGACAGGAAGGAAGCCAUGAUCAACACUGAGGAUGGAAUCAGGAAGCUCCGCCUGCUGGAUGCCAAGGGAAAGGUAUGGACCCAGGACAUGCUGCUGCAGGUGGAGGAGAAGACAGUCAGCCUCAUCGACCCAGAGACCAAGAAUGAGUUGGAGAACUUUCCGUUGGGGACCAUCAUGCACUGCCAGGCAGUGAUGUCAUCCUGCAACUACGACUCCAUCUUGGCUCUGGUGUGUAAGGAGCCGGGCCAGGGCAAACCAGACCUGCACCUUUUCCAAUGUGACGAGAUCAAGGCCAACCUGAUCCAGGCUGAUAUAGAGGGGGCCAUGAUGGAUCACAAGGGAGGCAAGGUGAAGAAGAGACCCGAAACACUACGGAUGAUUCUGAAGAGCGACGGGGUCAUCCCGCCGCCCCCCGCGGCGCCCGCCCCCGAGCCCCCCGCCACCCUCACCCAGCUGGACGUGAAGAGUCGUGUGGCAGCCUGGUCAGCCUGGGCGGCGGAGCAGCAGGACUAUGAUAAACAGCACCAAUAUUCUGACCAGAAGGAACCUCCAGAGAUGUUGGCUACCAGAGUGGAUCGAGACGUGCAAAUCCUGAACCACAUUCUGGACCACAUUGAGUUCUUCGUGACCAAACUGCAGAAAGCAGCUGAGGCCUUCAACGAGCUCUCCAAGAGGAAGAAAUCUAAAAAGAACAAGAAGAAGGGACCCGGAGAGGGAGUGCUAACACUGCGAGCCAAGCCUCCCACUCAGGAGGAUUUUGUUGACUGUUUCCAGAAGUUCAAACAUGCCUUCAACCUGCUGGGGAAGUUGAAGACCCUCAUCCAGAACCCCAGCGCUGACGACCUGGUCCACUUCCUGUUCACACCACUCAGGAUGGUGAUCCAGACCUCUGGAGGGACUGAGCUGGCUAAGAGCGUGGUGGUUCCUCUUUUGACCAGAAAGGCUAUAGACUUCCUGCACUCAGCCGGGACGGCCGAGGAAAGACACCUGUGGGUUGCCCUGGGGGAGGGGUGGACCAAGUGCAGGUUGGAGUGGCCUAAGAACCACUACUUCCCUCCGUGUACGCUGCAGUUCCGUGACGGUUGGGAACCUCACAUGAUGCCGUUCGUCCCCCAAUCACGAGAGGCAGAGCUGAAUCACCUGACCCAGACCCUCUCCCACUCGGAGAUCCUUAGACAGGAGGAGAUGGUACACAGGCUGUCUACUGAGCAUCCGGGUGUACAGGACUUCCCGUCUUCACAAGGGUAUGCAUUGGACAACAAGGCCUACAAGCGCAUGCACCUCUUGGACCAGGACAUGGCCGUGCAGGCCUUCAAACAGGCCGUCUCACGACACGUAGACCGGAACUACGAGGCCAACGGCAGCAGAGGUCAGCCAAAACUGUUUGCCAAAUCCAAGUAUGACUUUGUGGCCAGAAACAACACAGAGCUGUCAUUGGUGAAGGACGAGGUUGUGGAGGUGCUGGAUGACAGGAAGCAGUGGUGGAAGGUGUGUAAUUGUUCCGGGGCGUCUGGCUAUGUGCCAAACAACAUCCUGGAGGUCACCAAGGCUGUGGACGUCACGGUGCGGGGGGAACCCAUCUAUAGCCAUACUAUACAGCAAUUACUGGGAGAGUUGAACGAGAAACAGCGGACGGACUACGUCCCCAAACCCACGGCCACCCCCAUGCCCCCCAUCCCUACACCCCUCCCUCCUGCCCCGCCACGUCUCCCCACCCCUCCCCUGCCCCCACCGGCCGAACCCCCUCGGCCCCCGCCCAGCACGGUGAGCAGACAGAGCAGCAACACCUCCAGCGACGCCGGAAGCAUCCCAGGCAGCGUCACCAUGAGAGACCACCCAAACCAGAGGCCCCUGCCAGUCAACCGGAGGAAGUCCAACAUGGAGGAGGUUCAGGAUGAGUUGAUGCACCGCCUCACAUUGGGUCGAAGCGCCAACAAGAAGUUUGCUGUUCCUGCUCGCAGCACCUCCCUCCCGUCCGUCAACGUCACUUACGACUCCUCCCCUGACGAGGUCAAGGCCUGGCUACAGUUGAAGGGAUUCAGCUCUGUUACCAUUACCAGUCUGGGAGUAUUAACCGGAGCCCAGCUGUUCUCUCUGAAUAAGGAGGAGCUGAAGACGGUGUGUCCAGACGACGGGGCCAGGGUCUUUAGUCAGGUGACCGUCCAGAAGGCUGCUCUGGAGGUGGGUAGUCCUUCUCCUCCUGCUAAACCUGAUGACACUGAGCCGGGCUAACCCUGCAAGCUAGCUGAUUAACACUGUUCGACCAGGGAUAAAGAUGCAGUAGCUAGCUGCCUCAAGGCAGAGUGCAGGGUUAAACCUGAACAGAAGGCAGCCAGUCAUAGCUGCCUCAAGGCAGACUGCAGGGUUAAACCUGAACAGAAGGCAGCCAGUCAUAGCUGCCUCAAGGCAGACUGCAGGGUUA